GUUCUCCAGCUGGGCUCGGACAUCUUGCCUCAGUACAAACAGGAGACCCCGAAGACGCCCCCCCACAUCAUCCUGCACUACUGUCUCUUUAAGACCACCUGGGACUGGGUGAUCCUGAUCCUGACCUUCUACACCGCCAUCAUGGUCCCCUACAACGUGUCCUUCAAGACCAAGCAGAACAACGUGUCCUGGCUGGUGGUGGACAGCAUCGUGGACGUCAUCUUCCUGGUGGACAUCGUCCUGAACUUCCACACGACCUUCGUGGGCCCGGGUGGGGAGGUCAUCUCCGACCCCCAGCUCAUCCGCAUGAACUACGUCAAGACCUGGUUCGUGAUCGACCUGCUGUCCUGCCUGCCCUACGACGUCAUCAACGCCUUCGAGAACGUCGACGAGGGCAUCAGCAGCCUGUUCAGCUCCCUGAAGGUGGUGCGUCUGCUGCGUCUGGGCCGCGUGGCGAGGAAGCUGGACCACUACAUCGAGUACGGCGCGGCGGUCCUGCUGCUGCUGGUCUGCGUCUUCGGACUGGCGGCCCACUGGCUCGCCUGCAUCUGGUUCAGCAUCGGGGACUACGAGGUGAUGGACGGGGACGGCGGCGGCGUGCGCACGGACAGCUGGCUGUUCCUGCUGGGCGAGAUGGUGGGCACGCCCUACAGGUUCAACGCCUCGGGCUCGGGCCGCUGGGAGGGGGGGCCCAGCAAGGACUCGGUCUACAUCACGGCCCUGUACUUCACCAUGACCAGCCUCACCAGCAUCGGCUUCGGAAACAUCGCCCCCAACACGGACGGGGAGAAGGUCUUCGCCGUCGCCAUGAUGAUGAUCGGAUACCGAUGCUACCAACGGGCCGAUGCUACCAAUGGCUCGACGCUACCAACGGACCGACGGACCGACGCUACCAACGGCCCAAUGCUACCAACGGGCCGAUGCUACCAACGGCUCGACGCUACCAACGGACCGACGCUACCAAUAGGCCGAUGCUACCAACGGCCCGACGCUACCAACGGCCCGAUCCUACCAUCGACCCGACGCUACCAACGGACCGACGCUACCAACGGACCGAUGCUACCAACAGACCGACGCUACCAACGGCCCGAUGCUACCAACGGGAGCUUUUCUAGUCUCAAAAUCACAACUCUGUCCAUUAAAUCAACGAAGCGAUGA